AUGGUGGAUGAGGAGAUUGCAGCAUUGAUUAUAGAUAAUGGAUCUGGGAUGUGUAAGGCUGGGUUUGCAGGGGAUGAUGCUCCGAGAGCGGUAUUCCCUUCCAUCGUAGGGAAGCUUCGACAUGAGGUCAUGAUGGUGGGAAUAGGUCAGAAGGAGUGUUAUGUUGGUGAUGAAGCCCAGAGCAAGAGAGGGAUUCUGACCCUGAAGUAUCCAAUUGAGCAUGGGGUUGUGACCAACUGGGAUGACGUGGAGAAGAUCUGGCAUCACACCUUCUACAAUGAGCUGCGAGUUGCCCCAGAGGAACAUCCCGUUCUCCUCACAGAGGCACCUCUCAACUCCAAAGCUAACCGGGAGAAGAUGACUCAGAUUAUGUUUGAGACCUUUAACACGCCGGCUAUGUAUGUCUCCAUUCAGGCUGUCCUGUCCUUGUAUGCCUCUGGCCGCACGACAGGUAUUGUAAUGGACUCUGGUGAUGGUGUGACUCACACAGUACCUAUUUAUGAAGGGUAUGCCUUGCCCCAUGCCAUUCUGCGACUAGACCUGGCUGGCAGGGACCUGACUGACUACCUGAUGAAGAUUCUGACUGAACGUGGGUACUCUUUCACAACCACAGCUGAAAGGGAGAUUGUCCGUGACAUCAAAGAGAAUCUAUGCUACGUGGCUCUUGACUUUGAGUCUGAGAUGGUUAUAGCUGCCUCCUCUUCAACCCUAGAGAAAAGCUAUGAGCUACCAGAUGGUCAAGUCGUCACCAUUGGCAAUGAAUGUUUCAGAUGCCCAGAGGCUCUCUUCCAACCUUCCUUCCUAGGAAUGGAGACAACUGGAAUCCACGAGGCCGUCUUCCACAGUACCACAAAAUGUGAUACGGACAUCAGGAAGGACCUGUAUGCCAGUAUUGUUUUAUCUGGUGGAUCCACCAUGUACCCAGGCUUUGCAAAUCGAGUGCAGAAGGAAAUCACAGCAUUGAUUCCGAGCACAAUGAAGAUUAAAAUCAUUGCUCCACCUGAAAGGAAGUAUUCAGUGUGGAUCGGUGGCUCAAUCCUAGCUUCUCUCUCUACCUUUCAACAAAUGUGGAUCAUCAAACAGCGAUAUGAUGAGUCAGGGCCAUCGAUAGUCCAUCGCAAGUGCUUCUAA